AUGUGUUCGCGAUGGUUGAUUGUAUUCAUGUUAUUUCCAUUCUUACAAGUGGAUCUUACUCCUGUUGUUGGUCUUGAUGGAUAUGUUAAAGGUGCUGAGCACCAAAUAGAUCGAUUUGGAAUUGACAAAUCUUAUGUUUAUAGAGUGACGAGUAAAUAUGCAGGUAUGAAUCUUACAUUAAGUAUCACCUUCAAUGAAGGGAACGAACCUGGCAUCAAGUUGGAUAGUAUUGGUCGCUACUCCAAUCUAGAUAUGCACUUAGUUCGUUUAAGUGACAACAAAUACAGCAUACAACAUACUGAUUUCGGUAAAACAACUGCACUUUAUGUCAUUAAGGAUAAAAUGAAGAAUAAACUACGCUUCACUAAACCGGCUAAUGUCUCAGAGCAAUAUUGGCAUUUAACGCCUUUAUCUGAUGGAUCAUUUAGAAUAACAAAUGAUUUUUCAGGUCCUAACAUGGCUUUAGACGUUCCAGCUAAUGCGGCCUUGUUCAGCAAACCCAUAAUGUCAAAAACCGCUGCCAAUCAUCUUGGACAACACUGGAUCUUAACGAAAUAUAAAAAGUACGACAGCAAUGCUUGGUAG